AUGCGCUCGCUGCUAUUCUUCAGCCUCGCCAGCCUCGCUGCAGGCUUGGCCACACCGUCCGCCGAUUCUAUGCCUACCGCUAUCAUCGAUUCAGGUGCCAUCGUUGGAACAGCAACAUCUCUGCCCUCGUCCACUGUCGUUGUGAGACAGUACCUGGGCAUCCCGUUCGCUGCGCCGCCGGUCCGGUUUAGUCCCCCCAAGCCUGUGGCUCCAUGGUCCGGAAUGCGCAAUGCGACCACGUGGGGACCAGUCUGCAUUCAAAUGAUGAACCAAGCAUCGAAAGACUAUUACGACUUGGUGGGCAUCGGGGACGCUUUAGGGGGGGAGAGCGAGGACUGUUUGAACCUCAACGUGUUUACUCCGGCGGACGCGUCGGCCGGGUCUAAGCCUGUGCUGGUUUGGAUAUAUGGCGGCAGCUUUAUAAACGGGGGUUCCGCUCUGUCGAUCUAUGAUGCUACGAGCUUUGUUGCCAACCAGGACGUCGUAGUGGUGACAUUUAACUACCGAACGAAUGUGUUUGGAUUCCCUGGGGGUGGUGUUCCCGAGGAAGAAAAGAAUUUGGGUUUCCUAGACCAACGUCUUGCCCUAGACUGGGUGCAACGCAACAUCGCUGGCCUCGGAGGCAACCCAUCCCAAGUGACUAUCUUCGGCGAGAGCGCUGGCGGAGGCACCGUCGAUACACUCAUCACAUCACCACCCGAACCGCUUCCUUUCCGUGCAGGAAUCAUGCAAUCAAAUCAGGGGUCCAUUGUAGCUCCUCUGGACGACAAGGCAGGAUCAUACCGCCAUUCGUGGCAAAAAUUGCUCAACCUGACCCACUGUCCAGCGGACGGCGCUAUCGAAUGCCUUCGCAAACUUCCCGCCCAGAAAAUCAAGAGGAUUCUUGAAACCGCCGAUCUGCCCUUUGGUCCUCUUCCUGACGGUGGCGUCACGAUGUCGAACACCCCGCGACAGGACCGGCUUCGUUCCAGCGAGGGUAACUCGACCAUAGCGCGAGUCCCAGUUUUGUUCGGCAACAACGCGGAUGAGGCAAGGCCCUAUCUCGUUGGGGCUAACGACACACGCAAAGCCCUCGAAGGGCUCGGUCUGGGCAAGUUCGCGGACACGCUUAUCGAAGCGUAUCCUCUCGGGCAACCCGGCACGCACACUGAGAAUGACCGGCUUAAUCUCAUCGCCAACGACCUUGGCGUGCACUGCCCAAUGAAAUUCUACGCCAAUGACAACCUGAAAGUAGACAUCCCAGCUUGGAGGUAUUUUUUCAAUGCUAGCUUUCCCAACAACGAACUGUUCCCUAGUAGCGGGGCAUAUCACAUGGCGGAAAUACCUCUGGCUUUUGGCACUUAUGAGAAGAAUGAGGCCACCGAAUUGCAAGCUAAAGUCAGUCAGGCUAUGCAGAAAGCAUGGGCAGACUUUGCCAAAGACCCAUUUGAAGGGCCAGGAUGGAUGGGGGUUCCUAUGGUUGGAUUAUUUGGGGAUGGCGUGAAAGUAGGCAUGAAUGAAGAGGGAAAGAAGGCUUUGAGGACAGUCAGUUCUAAAGACAUGGAUCGGAGAUGUCAUCUUUAUGAGCUGAUAUAUGGAUGA